UUGGUCACGUGACGUUCUCAAACUUGUCCUGGCAGCGGUGGGAGCAGCAGUUCAGCUGUGCGCUGCUGUAGCUGUAUCUGGAGGAGUUCUCUGAGGGUAUAAACAGCUGACCUAAGUGAAACAGGAACCUCAAAGUUAGCAAAACCUCAUACUCUGCUGCUGCUGCUGCCACAGUAAUGUGCAUUGCCUGCCUGCACACCUGCUCCACUGGCAAAUGAACUUUAGUUUAAUUGAAUGCCACAUCGUUUCUAGCAGAUCAUUGUUAGGAUGUAUCAAAUUGUUCCAGCCACUGUUGGCGAUGUGGGCCUCAGUGCCAUGCGCCAGUACACUCCCCCCAAGAAGAAGAGGGUGGAUCGGCAGGGCCGGCGGAUGAUCGCAGCAGGCAUGAUUGGCGCAGUGUUGGUCAUUUCAGCUGUGGUGGCCUGGUGCUAUUACUCCGCCUCAUUACACAAAGCAGACCUGCUGAAGACGGAACUGCUGGACCUCAGAAAAGAUGGCUUUAUUAUCCACAACCAUGCUGGAACUGUCGUCUUCAGAAUGGCCUUUAGAUCAGGCUCUCUUGAUCUGGAUUCCUGUUCAAAGGAGGGCAGAAUCCUCAGCUGCAGCCGAUCCACUGCGGGGAAGCUCAAUUUCUUCAUUGAGACGGUAAAACACAAAGACCCAGUAAUGUGUUAUCGUGUGCGAUGGGAAGAGCUGGAAUCAUACCGUGCUGUGGAGCACGACAUGUCCUACAACGGGUCGCACUGGUACGGAGGGGCAGAAACCUGGUCCCAGCACUGGCCUAUUGUCUUUGCAGGAAACCAGGACCCCAAACCGUUCAUCACAAGUGAUGUUUAUGCAAACCACCAAGCCUUUGGUAGCAUCCUGGAGCGGUACUGGCUGUCGUCCAAUGCAACUGCUAUUAAAAUUAACGAUUCCGUCCCCUUCCAUCUGGGCUGGGAUGAGAACAGCAAGACUCUGCGAUUCCAGGCACGGUACGAUGACAGCCCUUACAAGCCAGACCCUGCACAGCCUCUUCGUGCUGAGUUGAGCUACCGUGUCUGCGUUGGUUACGACGUUACGUCCAUACAUAAGUACAUGGUGCGCCGUUAUUUUAACAAGCCAAAUAAAGUUCCUUCUGAGACUGUUUUUAGAAAGCCUAUUUGGUCUACUUGGGCUUUGUACAAGACGGAAGUAAACCAGGAGAAGCUACUGAUGUAUGCCUCAGAUAUACAGAGCAAUGGCUUUAACUGGAGUCAUCUGGAGUUAGAUGACCGGUAUACCACUGGCUAUGGAGAGUUCGAAUUUGAUCCAGAGAAGUUCCCCAAUGCAUCUUAUAUGUUUCAGAAACUAAGGGAUGAUGGUUUUAAGAUUACCUUGUGGACACAUCCCUUCGUAAACUACAACUCCACCAACUUUGGCAUCGGAGUGGAGAGAGGACUUUUUGUGCGUGAACCCAGUGGCGAAUUACCUGCUUUGAUCCGCUGGUGGAACGGUAUUGGCGGCAUCCUAGAUUUCACCAAUCCAGAGACCCGAGAAUGGUAUACCUCUCACCUCCAUACCCUAAAGAACAAAUAUGGAAUUGCCUCUUUUAAGUUUGAUGCUGGGGAGACCAGCUAUUUGCCCCAGCAGUUCAGCACCUUCUCAUCCCUGCAGGAUCCGAGCACGUUCACCCGUCGAUACACAGAGAUGGCCAUACCCUACAACGACCGUGCAGAGCUGCGUUCAGGGUACCAAUCCCAGAACAUCUCAUGUUUCUUUCGGAUUAUUGACCGCGACUCACUCUGGGGCUAUGACCUGGGACUCAAAUCCAUCAUCCCAACUGUGCUUACCAUCAGCAUUCUCGGCUACCAGUUCAUUCUGCCGGAUAUGAUCGGUGGGAACGCUUACCCAAACCGCACUGAAGGACAAAAGGGACUACCUGACCGGGAACUUUACAUCCGCUGGCUGGAACUGUCAGCGUUCAUGCCAGCUAUGCAGUUCUCAAUCCCUCCAUGGGCCUACGAUGACGAGGUUGUGGAGAUCGCCAAGAAGUUCACGGCGCUCCAUGAGACCCUUGUGGCUCCCAGAGUUCUUGAACUUGCCAGUGAAGUGUUGAACACUGGAGAUCCCAUCAUUCGCCCACUUUGGUGGAUUGCUAAAGAUGACGAGGCUGCAUACAAGAUUGACUCACAGUUCCUCAUAGGGGAUGACCUCAUGGUGGCGCCUGUGCUUGAGCCUGGCAAGCAGGAGAGAGAUAUUUACCUCCCAGCUGGACGAUGGAGGAGCUACAAGGGUGAACAUUAUGACAAAGGUCCAAUCCACCUCACUGACUACCCAGUGGACCUGGAUGAGAUUGCCUUCUUUGUGUGGUCAGGAUGAUGUGAAGGGAAUAAAUACCAGAGAUACCAGGAUAACGUCCAUUGUAACCAUUCCGUUAUGGAGUAAGCUACUGUGCAGCAUUUGUCCUCACAUCCCUGUGCCUUGUGGACAUGUGCACAUGUAAUUUUGUAACUUAUGGAUAUGUCAUUGACUUUGUUAAGAUUCUGUACCCAGCAUCUGUUAUGUUAAAAAGGUAUUUGGACAGUUUCUAUUUCUAAAACUAAAAAGGUGAAUGUUAAUCUUAAAUUACCUUCCGCUAACAUUGAAGCCUAACUUAACUCCCAAACAUAUUUGUACCUGUCAAUGGAAGACAGUGUAAAAACAUUCCUCAUACAUUUAUACCAUUUCUAUUAAUCCAGUAAAUGCAAUUGUGACCAAGUGUGAAGAAUAGCUUUGGUUCAGACAAUGAUGAUCUCACGGGACUUGAAUAACCUGUUACCUCUUGAAUUGUAAGAAAGGACCAAGGUGUAUGUAACACAAAAAUAGAGGGAUUAUUUAAUUGUUUUUUUGUCAUUUUGUAUUAAUUUGGGUUCACACUGCAGUUUAGUCAGCUGUGAAAAGAACAUUGCUACAUCCUGUCUUCAUCCGCUACGUGAUGAUGACGACUGUGUCUUCCUUUACUUGACAGUGAUUGGUCCCUGUCAGAAUUGGACUCCCUUGGUGUGCAUGUGCAUCACAGAUGAAUCGGCAAAAAUAUUCCCUUGGAUUCUUUAGAUUUGUGUAUAUAAAUAAGCUUUAAUCUACAGUUACAGUAGAAACAGGAGUCACAAGCUUAAGUAUUUGAGCCCAAACUGCUGUGUGACAUGCAUGCACACUAAGGGAAGGGAAUUAUGACAUUUUGGUACUUUGGUCAAACGUAUUUUGGUUCAGACCAAACUUAAAAAGUAUAAAGGUCCUGACCGAACAAGAGUUUGUUUUUUUGAGUGUAACGCUUCCCCUUAAAACAGAGUUACAAGGGGAAGGAGUGAACUCCUUCAAGUUUUUUCUAUCAAAACAACCAGCAGAACACCUGAUUCUACUUGUUUAAUUAUGGUGGGUCAGUCUUCAAACAACUGAUGAUGAAAACCUGCAGCCUUUUCUGCACACCAUUUGAAUGAAAACUUACAGCGACUCCGCCCCUUUGAGAAUAAGAUUGGACACCCCUGAUUAAGGCCUUUGCCAUUUUAAGAUCCUAUGGUUCUUUUAGGCAACCGAAAAGGUUUGAGAUGGGUUGCCAAUUAUAAUACCAGCAAUUUCCUUGUCUUAUUUUAGCAGGGAAAGUAAAUGUUGUAGUCUAACACUGGCAUCUUUAAAGAUGAUUUUAAUAAUAAUGCAUUGUUUGUUUAUUUAUUAAAUGGGAAACUUGUGUUGUUGAGACUUUCUAGUGCUACUAAAUCCAAAGCACCCAGUGGUAUUCAAAUAUGAUGUGAAUUAAACAAGGUACUUUAUUUAUUAUUCUUUGAAAAAAAAUGUCAAGUGUCAGCACAGGUUAGUGUUCUUACCUAAGAAUGCAGGUGUUAAAGUGCAGCCAAGAUGCAUUUCUCCACUUCAGGAGAUGGCCUGAGAUGCAUUUGAGCUAUGUUACAACAGUGUAAACACGUCCAUCUCUCUCCAAGACAGAUUUUUAACAACUGAAACAUCAGUAAUACUUGCCAAGCAACAAGCAAUUUGCAUAAUCUGUCCCAUACAAUAAUCAGAUCAACUGGACAAAUAUAAAUUCAAGAAAGUGUAAAUGUCUCAAAUCUUAUCAGGAGCAAGAUACAAUGCAGAAACCUUUCUUAUGAAGUGACCGGGUGUAAACAGGGUCUUUGGCUCUGUUCAGACUGCAAACAAAUCAGAUUUGGUUCUCAAACCAGAUCAGAUGAGAAGACUUGAAAAUCUUAUCAGUUACUUGUUAUUUGUGAUAUACAAAGUCAGUUCGGAUUUGCGUGUCUGGACAUCACAAAUGUAUCUGUAUGGGUUGCUGUGGUAACGAGGAUUGCCCCAGUAACUACAACCUUCUCAGACCCCUACAUCUCUGUCACUGGAUUCACAACUCGAUUUAAUGAGGUCGUUAUUUGUUGCAUUGUGAUGGAAAGACAUGUUUGAAUCAAAUUUGAUCAUCCAGAGCGUUCAGACUGAGACACAUCAGCACAAAUCUGAUAGUAUUUGCAUUUAAAACCAACCAACUCCAAAUGCAAAUUUCAUGUGAUCUCUGGCUGUUUAGACAAUCAAAAUUCAAUGUGGAUACAAUCUAGACAUGCCCAAAUUCAGAUGUUUUUAAUAGCUGAUCCAUCUUUAAGGUUUAAGGUCUUUAAAUGUUUUUCUUUUUUUUUUUAGCUUGCCUUAACUAAACAACCAAUUUUUUUGUGUGUGCAUUUUAUGUUUUGUCACUUUUGGAAGUAAGGCAUGUAACAUGUCAUGGUUCCCUUUUUAAAUUAAAGCACAAAAUAAAUGUAAAAGAGCGCACAAGUUUGUUAUAAAAUGAGGGUUUUUUGUAGAAAUGCCACUUGCAUAUGCUGCCUGUGCCGUGUUUAGUAUUUCUCUGAAAUUAAAUACUUUCCCUUUUCUAUCUAAUCUGUGAAGUGCCACAUACUACUGAUGCCACAUUGUGUGUGUAUAUAUAUAUAUAUAUAUAUAUAUAUAUAUAUAUAUUUAUUGAAUGUGUAUUCUGAUAUUGCUGUAAAUGACAAACACACAAGGUAUAGGUGUACAUUUAAGCAAUCAGGGAUUGUUCUUUGUUCUGUAAAACAAGCAUUUUUGUUGAGGUCUUUAAUGAAUUCAACUCUCAAGCCAAACUUUACUGUGCCUGGUUCUGAAGGCUGUGUUUUACUUGUUUUCUGUUUAGAUGUAAUUUCUGGUUCACCUGAACUUCAGGGUGGGCCUGACCAAGGCAAUCAUUUUUUUUUCCUUUAUGCCUACUGACUUGCCAGUGGCCUGGGAGCUUCUGACAUAAUACAUCCAGAAGAGGGAACUGAAGUGUUUUUUGUUGUUGCUUUUUUUUUUUUUUUCUUGACUGUGAUUUCCAGUUCUCACCACAGAAACUAAUAAGGGAUUAUCAAACAGAAUGAUCAAAUGUAUUCAGCUGUUCUUAAUAUAGUUUUGUUGUAUGUAUGUAAAACUGAAACUGCAGUGUUUGAACAAAACUGACAUUGUUGCAAUAAAAGUGAAUGCUAAACUAAA